UGUACAUAAUUCUCUGCUCAUCUCCAUCAAUAUCAAGCUCCAUCGCUACGUACUCCAUUUUGUGUGUCCACCAAAAGGUGCGUACCCACACAAUAUCCCUCAAUACAUUAUCUCUUUCUAUUUCACACACAUAAUCCUAGCUAUACGAUACUGAUUUGUUCGUUGCAUGUAUAUAGGCAUAAGUAAUGACAGCAGCCGAGGCUUUCGUAAAGGAGGAGGGGCAUCAAAGUGAUGAUGAGGAUAGUUUCUACUUCAAAGGCGUCAAGCACUUGUGCGAAACUGGCGUUACACAUGUUCCCAGCAAGUACAUUUUACCUGUUUCGGAUCGCCCUCAUCUCAUUAACGAACAAGAUGAUGUCCAAGAGCUUAAUCUAAAGUUGCCGAUUAUUGAUUUUGCAGAACUACAUGGUUCCAAUCGCUCUCGCGUUCUUGACUCUCUUAGGUCUGCUUGUGAAAAUCAUGGAUUUUUUCAGCUAGUAAACCAUGGUAUAUCCGGUGAUGUUAUAAGCAACAUGAUGGACGUGGGACGAAGGUUUUUCGAGCUCCCUUUCGAGGAACGCCAGAAACUGAUGUCGACUGAUAUGCGCUCACCGGUUCGAUACGGAACUAGUUUCAACCAGACAAAAGACGGCGUCUUUUGCUGGAGAGACUUUCUCAAACUUGUUUGUCAUCCUCUAUCAGAUGUCCUACCUCACUGGCCUUCUUCUCCAUUGGACUUUAGGAAUAAGGGAGUUGCGUACGCAAAUGAAUCCAAAGCGGUGUUCCUCAAGUUAGUAGAAGCCAUCCUAGAAAGCCUUGAAUUAACAACUAUGGGGAAAAGGACGCGAGAAACGGAAGAAAUUUUAAAAGAAUUCGAAGACGGGAGCCACCUCAUGGUUCUUAACUGCUAUCCGCCCUGCCCACAACCGGAGCUCACAUUCGGAAUGCCUCCUCAUUCCGACUAUGGAUUCGUCACACUCGUCCUCCAAGAUGAAGUCGCGGGUCUUCAAAUAAUGGAGCAAAACAUAUGGCACACAGUUCAACCGGUUCCCAAUUCUUUCGUCGUCAAUGUAGGAGAUCACCUUGAGAUAUUUAGCAAUGGGAGAUACAAGAGUGUAUUACAUAGAGUUCUUGCAAAUUCUCGGAAGUCUCGGAUAUCAGUAGCUUCGUUGCAUAGUCUUCCUUUCGAAAGCACGGUUCGGCCAUGGCCGAAGCUAAUCGACGAGAAGAAUCCGAGACAAUACAUGGACACGCAUUUCUCCGAUUUCCAGAACUACCUUGACUUAUGUGAUGCGAAGAAAAAGAAUUUCCUAGAAUCUAGGAAAUUGACCAAAUUAAAGAUAGCGGAUAAUACAAGUCUAGAGUCUUGAAGACAGAGGGGCCAGAAGAGAACAAGGGAAUGAUUCUCAUUUUUAUUGGCUUUGUAGCAUGAUACAUACGAUUAUUCAAUAUUUAUUUUGUAUCUAAAUAUUAAAUUUUUUAUUGAUGUGUAUUUUAUAAAGUUGAAACAAACCUCAAAUUAUUAACUACAA